CCAAUCACGAGUAAUAGAACGCGCUGCCUAAUUCAGCAGCGUCCUCAUUGGUCAAAAGUUCUACAGUCUCAGUGUGCUGCUGAGCAACGGAGCGCGAGCCUUAAUUUGGCAGCGCUCUGAUUGGCUGAAAGUUCUGUUGUGGCCGCGUGCUUCAAGGCAUCAAAGGCUUCAUGCUUUUUGCAUGAGACGUCAGAGUGACUUUGAAGUUCGUAAGUCCAGACGCUUGUCGCGAGGAGGAUGUCCGCGUCCGCGAGCUUGAAGGAAUCAGACGGAGAUCGGGACAUGGAGCAGCGCAAAACCCAAGUGUCAAGCCACCCAUUCAGCGUGGAGUCUCUUAUAUCUAGCCACAAAACCAGUAAGGACUUUGAAAGACGGCGAGAAGAGGAUGUAUUCAGCCAGUUUGCUAAACCUGAGAUCAGGGAUUCUUGUGGUUCGGCUGGAAUACAAAAGCACUUUAUGCAGACCUCACCCGUCAAAUCGGAGUCCCCUGAGCCGGAUGACUGUACACCAUGGGUUAUGAACACUAGAUUCGCUCAAACACGCCAGGUAAGUCCCUGUCCUCUCCGCAAGCACAAGACCAACCGUAAACCCCGUACGCCAUUCACCACCUCACAGCUCCUGGCCUUGGAGCGAAAGUUCAGACAGAAACAGUACCUGUCCAUUGCCGAGCGAGCAGAAUUCUCCAGCUCCCUCACCCUCACAGAGACCCAGGUGAAGAUUUGGUUCCAGAACCGACGGGCCAAGGCCAAGCGUUUGCAAGAGGCCGAGCUGGAAAAGCUCAAACUGACUGCCAAACCUGCCCUGCACCCCAAUUUCAGUUUGCCUCUUCCUCUUGGAACCCAACUUCAUUCGGCCAUCUCACUCUAUGGCCAGUCGUAUCCCUACCAGAGGCAUUUAUUGCCUGUUGCUCCAGUGGGACUUUAUGGAACACCUUUAGGGUACAGCAUGUAUCACCUCGCUUGAGAAGAAGUGCUACAGUAUGGACUAGUACUGAACUGUGGAUGUACAGAAAGACAAUGUUUACAAACUUUGGGUGUUCAAAUCCGAAAAAAAAACACCAACCAAAAAAAAAAAAAAACUAAUUCAAUAUUUCAAUAAUGUGCCUUCACUCACGUCUUAAAAUACAUAAAAUAAAAAGCGGGACAUUUUACCUCACUUUCCAAUGACUGAAAGAUCAAAUUUUACCGUGUGGAUGGAUAAUUCUGUUGCCAAAUCUUUUGUGUAUAUUUGUGUCAUACAUCUUUAUGUAAUAUAUUGUAAAACUAAUUAUUUUGUGUACAAAAUACUGAGUUUAAAUUCCACUACAUUUAAUGUUGAUGGAUUUUUAUCCUGUAAGAAUGUGUUCUGACAAGUUCAUUACACAUUGUUUUUACUUUAAUUGGUUUAAUUGACGGACAAUAUUUUACAGAGGUCAUUCUUUGAAACAAAUUAAACAUCAAGGUGAAUGAUUUUAUAUGAUAAAUACAUUAGUAUGUUCACACUGAGAAAUUUAAGAAUUUGACAGUGAAUAUGAUAUAUGCAAAGAUGUCUUUGAAAUUAGUCACUUGUAACUAAAAUGUGGAAGUUUAUUUUUCUGGCCACAUUUUUAUAUAUAUUUAUACUAUAAUUCCAUGUCACUGAAAUUUGACAUGUACAGUAAACUGCAAUUGGCAAGCAAACACAAUAGCAUUUGUUUAUUAAAUUAGUUUAUUAAAUUAAUAAUUCUCUUUCAUGUUUGAGAAAGUAUGUGAGAGUUUUCACAAUCACAUUUAUAUUCAUAAUUUUCUCUGUAUUCAUUUCCUUUAAGUGCACUUUUUUUUUUUUUUUUUAAAGCAGGUGACACUUCACAAUAAGGUCUCAUUUGUUAACCUUUUUAUUCAAAUAGCAAAAUGUUAUUUUAAAAAAAUCCAAGGCUGUUCAUAUUACAGGAACUACCCAGGUGGUUCCCAGGAAUGCUCCU